GGUCUUUUGAGUCAUGUCGUUUCGGAGAGCGAUCAGUCUCGCGUGCGGGAUCGCCGGCGGAUCCGCGGUGCUCGUGUGUGCGGCGGUCGCUGCAGAUAAGCACGGGUACUUCGGAGAACGAUGCCGGUUCAGAGAGACCCUGGCUGCCGUGCACGCAGCGCAGCCUCCGGCGUGGCCCACUGCGAACGGAUGGGAUUGCAAUUGGGACAAACGUGACCCCUCGUCUAUGGUGAAUGGGACGAGAAAGGAGAGUGCUGGUGACAAUGGAAGUCCAGAAGCGGAGAACAACAAACCCAAAGCCACACGCCACAUUUUCCUGAUCAGACACUCUCAGUACAACCUCAAGGGAGAUGGAGAUAAAGAGAGGAUCCUGACACCUUUAGGACGUGAACAGGCUGAGUAUACAGGACAGAGAUUAGCAGUGCUUGGACUGAAGUACGACGUUCUCAUCCACUCCUCCAUGACUAGAGCUGCAGAAACAGCCAACAUCAUCAGCAAAUACCUGCCAGGUGUGGAGCUUGUAAGCUGUGAUUUACUGCGAGAGGGUGCACCAAUAGAGCCCGUCCCACCUGUCACGCACUGGAAACCUGAGGCAGCGCAGUACCACGAGGACGGCGCACGGAUCGAGGCAGCGUUCCGCCGCUACAUCCACCGAGCUGACCCCAAGCAGAAGGAGGACAGCUACGAGAUUAUCGUCUGUCAUGCUAAUGUCAUCCGCUAUUUUGUGUGCAGGGCUCUGCAGUUUCCUCCAGAGGGCUGGCUGAGGAUGGGCCUGAACAACGGCAGCAUCACCUGGCUGACGGUUCGGCCCAGCGGCCGAGUGGCUCUCAGAGCGCUGGGAGACUCGGGCUUCAUGCCUCAUUACAGCCUAGAACCGAAGGAUCAUUGAGAUGGACAGAUGUUAAGGGUUGCAAAGGGUCGAAAUAUUUCCUUAAAUGUUCUCCUGAAAAUGUUCUGAAAUGCCUUUUUAGAUGCACAAAAAAAAAUUUUUAAUGUGAUUUAAUAUUCACCAACUCAUCUUGCUUGUUUAAUAAUAAUCUUACAUAGCUGUAAUUUAAGAGAAGAUUUCUGUGAAAAAUUUCAUUUGCAACUCUACAAUCUGUUGCUGUGGUGAUCGGUUACUCCACAAGUGUCUUGAGUGUAAUAAUUUUAUAUUUUUAAAUCAAGCAAGUUAAGAAUUAUUGAUAUUUCUUCAGUUAGACACUCCCGUGCCAAUGCUUUGUCUGAUCUAUAACAGCCAUGGAAAGGUGGAAUUAACCAGCAAGUGUACUUUUUUUAGGUUUAUGACGAGGUGUCUUUUCCCAGCAGCAUUAUGCAAACUCUGGAGGCCUUGUUGAGGCAGUUGGUGUGUAUUUGCACUGUUCACAUGGAAUUGUUUAUUACCGUUUUAGAAGCAAAGUGUGAGUUUGCUAAAAAAGGCGAGAAUCUUGCCAUUGAAAGGUCUAGGAUGACUCUUGUGUUAAUGUUUGUAUGUUGUUGUUUAUGGCAGUAAAAAAUACAAUCAUUGAGUUUA